AUGUUCGUCAGGAUCUCUGUAGCUACGAUAGCCUUCAUCUCGCUUGCUGAAGGCAUCGUGGUCGGCCGUUCAACUGGUGAUGAGAAGCCCCUUUUCGGUAGCAUCCAGAACCUAGAGUUAACACCGGAGCUCAUCAACCUACUGAAGGAGCUGGAGGUCGAGUUCAUCAAGCAAGAUGAGGAGCGUAUUGCCUCAUACCAUGAAGGUCCUCAGCUAGCAGCAGUUUCGGCUGAUGGUAGCUCCUCAUAUCCGCCGGGUUGUACACCGGAUGAGCGCCCGGAAAACAGGUACUACUGCUUCCACGGCAAACGCAAUACAGCUGAUAAAGAGAAGCAAGUGACAGCCAUUGUUGACCUCUUUGAUAUCAAUGACCCGCAGGACAAUGUCGUUAUUGGUCUCACAGCCGAGUUCGCGGACAAGACUGCGAGAAGUCUGCAAACCCAUGCUGGCGGUGACGCAAAAGAAAAGAAACCCAGUCGCGAAACAAGAAAAGAAUUGGCCCGACUGAUCAUCUAUCAAGGACAUGUGAAAUGGAAGAGGCCUCGUGACCCGGCGAUGAAGAAGCUUAAGGAUGGCAAGACAGUCUUGCUUUUUCCUUAG